UGUACCACAUACCGGAAGUGACUAGGUGAAAGCGGGUGAUAGGUGUUGUUGGUGAGCGCGGUCAAUUCGUGUUGUCGUAUGAAGUUUAAUGAAGUUUUUGGUGACUGAACAUGGACUCCGGCCGAGGAAUGUUUUGCCCGUUUUGUGGCAAACACAUGACCAGCUUAACGCGGUUCUGCUUUGCGUGUGGUCGUUGUUUGGAGUUUUUAAAGGACGUGGACCAGACUGAAACAUUGGAGAAACCGGGGACUUCUCGACAGCCUGACACAGUGCAGAACAACCCAUGCCCAUCAUACAAACAGUUCAUGGAGUACAGAAGCUCGAAGUCACAAGAACGACAGUCUUUUAACUAUGGGCCAAAAGGAAAAUAUAAGCCUAAAGAAAGAAAACACGUCCAGAUAAACGUAGGAUUGAUGGGGCCACAUGGAACUGAUGGAACUGAUUUAAAACCUCUAAGAGGGAAAACACUCCCGUUAUUUACAGACCCAGAGAUAGCAGCACCUGAUCUACUCAAACAAGCUGUCCAGAAAUUGAGAACAUUUAACAAGGACAUGCCCGAAGGACCUUAUGUCCUUUUGUAUCCAGACUGCUCAGAGGUGGUCCAUGUGCCUGGGUCAGAAAGUUCAUUUAAAUUGGCAGAAUAUAAAAAGGAAAUAGGAAAGGCAUAUUCCAGGAUAACUUUUUUCAUUUGCCUUGAAAAACACUAUAAAAGAGAGUACGACACCUCCGAUUCUGAUUCUGAAAUUGUCAUCACAACAAGGAGCAGAGCUGAAUUAAAUCGAGCUGACACUUUGGUUUUUGAACCACAAAAUCAAAGUACUCCCAAAUACAAACUGGAAGAUGAAAGAGAUGCACCAGGACAAUCAUCAACAAUUCAGCCAGGACAGAUAGUAAUAUCUGAUGCUGAGGAUCUGGAUGCACCUGAAACAAAUCCAGAAAAAACGUCUUUCUACAGUAAAUACACAGACCUGUAUUCACCAAAUGUUGAGCAAGAGGACGAAGAGCCGGUUGUUGUCAAUGUGAAGAAUUUCCAACACACGGCAAGAGAGGAAACGGACAUUGCAUUAUCUGACAUCGUAGCAAACCUGUCGCUUCCUAUUGAUCAUAAAAAAGUCAGCCGGUUCAACAUCUCAAGGGCUAAUGUUUGGGAUGGGGCAGUCAGAGGUUUCAAGCGUACAACAUAUUCUGAGACCUGUGACAUGCUGGUGAAAUUUACUGAUGAUACUGGUGUUCUGGAAAAGGGAAUUGACACUGGUGGUCCAAGACGAGAGUUUUUAACUCUACUAAUGAAACACCUAAAAGGCCGGCCCAUUUUUGAUGGACCAGAAGGACAUCGGUUCUUGGUCUACAAUGCAAAUGCUGUUAGGGAGGAACACUACUACCUGGCAGGAAAGAUGAUUGCUGUGUCAGUUGUGCAUGGAGGUCCAGGACCCCAUUUCCUGUCGGAAGAUCUUGUACAUUAUCUUGCAGGCCAGCCUUCAUUCCAUGCAACAAAUAAUUUAAUAACUGAUGAAGAAAUAGGAAAAGCUUUGCAAGAGAUUGAGAAUGCUGCUUCAUUGGAUGCUCUGCGAGAAUGUAUGAUGAGACACAGCACAAUGUUACAGACAGCAGGUUGUCUGAGACAUGUGGCUACUGUGGAUGAAAAGAAACAAAUCGUGUCAGACUACCUCCAAUGGUAUAUUAUUGACCGCAACUCAUCUGUAAUUGACAGAUUCAGAGAUGGUCUUUCAACCCUGGAGUUUUUGACUGCACUACAGCAACACCCUACUUUGCUGGCCCCUGUCCUGUGCCACUCUGAAAGGCGACUCACUGCUUUUGAACUUGAGUGUCUCUUCAAACCUGACCUCAGUCCUUCGGGGAGUCGAAGUCUUAAAGGAAGUCAAACCACGGCCUACUGGGCAGACUAUCUCCUUGAUUGUGAAGAAAGCCAUGCUGCUGUGUCUGUGGAAGAUGUUUUGAUGUUUGCUACUGGGCUGUCUUCACUUCCCCCAUCUGGCUUGGAACCACUGCCACAAAUAGAGUUCCUCGAUGACUCGGCAUUCCCAAUAUCAAAUACAUGUUCAAACUCCUUGAGAUUACCACUUCUAGACUCUUACACUUUGUUUAAGUCACAAAUGGACUUUGGAAUUCAAAAUAGUCCAGGAUUUGGCUGUUUCUAAGCUAUAUGAUGGAUGACCCCUAGAGUUAAAGGAUUAGUUCACCU